CUUGGCUGGCUUGUUUGCUUGUUGGGCAAAAAACAUGAGGCAAAGCAGAAAGGCGGAAAGUGCCGAGACUGGUUUCUUCGGUAGUAUUUCGUCCUCUUCCAUCAAAAGCUUUCUUCCCAGAUCAAUCUCUUCCAAACAGAAGUCUAUCUCAAACCCCAAAAUCCCCAAACCAAAUAGCGAAAAUACUCCACCAUCUGAUCCAAACAUCCAAGUUUGCAAUGACCAAUCGUCCGCUGCCACAACGAAGCAAGUACAGUCCAAAGCCCCAUCUUCCCAGCCCGAAGUUGUUGAAUCGGAUGCUUCUCAGGACUCCCCAGUUAAGGUUGUAGUACGAAUCAGACCUGCUAAUAACGAAGGAAGAGAAGGAGAUGAGAUCAUUAAGAAGGUUUCACCUGAUACAUUAUGUAUUGCCGACAAACAAUUCACAUUUGAUUCGGUUUUUGAUUCAAAGUCCAAUCAGGAAGAUAUUUUUCACUCAGUUGGAGUCCCAUUAGUUAAAAAUUCUUUAGCUGGUUACAACACUUCGCUCCUGUCAUAUGGACAGUCUGGAACUGGAAAGACUUGUACAAUGUGGGGUCCCCUAAGUGCCAUGGUUGAAGAACCCUCGCGUUAUAGUAAACAGGGAAUGGCUCCUCGGAUCUUCAGAAUGUUAUUUUCUGAACUUGAGAAAGAGCGACACGAAGGGAAACAGUUCAAUCAUCAAUGUCGUUGUUCUUUCCUUGAGAUAUGGAAUGAGAAAAUUGGGGAUUUGCUUGAUCCAGUCCAGCAAAACCUUGAGCUGAAGGAAGAUUCCAAUAAUGUCUUGUAUAUUGAGAAUUUGACAGAGGAAUAUGUCACUGGCUAUGAGGAUGUGGCACGAAUUCUUAUAAAGGUAUGGAAUUUUCUACAUAUUUUGCAGGGCCUUUCAAGCAGAAAAGUUGAAGCAGCAAGCUUAAAUUCUGAGAGCUCCACAUCACACAUCAUUUUCACUUUUACAAUUGAGUCUUGGUGCGAGGGAAUCUCAUCAAAGGGUUUGAGGAGCUCAAAAACAAGAAGAAUUACCCUUAUUGAUCUUGCUGGAUUGAACGAAAAUAAAAUUGAAGAUGGAGAUAGACCAUGUCUAAGGGCAAGCAAAAAUUUGAAGAAGUCCUCAUUUGACAUUGGGGACCUAGUGGAUGCUCUGACUGAAGAAACUCAGUCUGUCAAAUCCGCAGAAAUUACUAACAGGAGUUCUUGUUUAACACGCUUGCUACAAGGAUCACUCGGUGGAAAUGUCAAACUCUCAGUAAUAUGUUCCAUCUCCCCUGAUAACAAGAGUAAUGGCGAAACACUAUGUACUCUUAGAUUGGGACAACGAAUAAGAUCCAUUAGGAACAAGUCAGUUGUCAGUGAAUUACAAGAGGAUGAAGCUAAUGGUUUGAGUGAUCAAAUCCGGCAGCUAAAGGAAGAACUUAUUAGAGAAAAGACUAAUGCUCAUAAUUCAACUGGGAGUAAAAAUGGAUACUUCCAAGGAUGCAAUGUUCGGGAAAGCUUGAAUAAGUUGAGAGUCAGCUUAAACCGCUCUUUACUCCUACCUCACAUAGAUGAUGAUACUGAUGAAGAGGUAAAUGUGGAUGAAGCUGAGAUAAAGCAAUUAAGCAAGCACAUUAAUGAUUUGUACGGUUCAUGUGAAAUUGAUCAUCCAAAAGACAUACCUGUCGAUGAAGAUGGUUCCCAGGUUUAUUCCGUUGAUGAAAGUUUUGAUGCUGACAUGAUUGAGGGCGAUGACAUUGCAAGAGAGGAAGUAAAUUCAGAAAAAACUGUGAGCAAGCUUUUUGGCUCUCCGACCUUGGAACCUCCGUUGUCUGAGUCUCCAAAACUAAGAAAUACACAAAGGAAAAGCAUGGCUGUUUCGUCAAGUUAUCUUGGAGGUUGGAAUAACGCAGCAGGGAGUUUGAACUAUAGUAAGGACAGGUUAAGGCAAUCGGGUAAGGUUUUGCCGGGCCCCACUGAGUCCUUGGCAGCCAGUCUUCAGAGAGGCUUACAGAUAAUUGACUAUCAUCAGCAGAACUCUGCAUUGAACAAAUCUUCAACUUCCUUCUCCUUUGAGCACUUAACCUUGAAACCCUGCUCAGAAAUCGAAGAGGUUGAUUCUUCUACGCAAACACAGGAGAAACCUUCAAGUGAUGUAGUACCUGCUAUUUUCCUCUGUGGAUCUUGUGGCAAAAAAGAAAGCUUGGAAGAUAGGGUUCCAAAACAUUUAGAAAAUGAAAUGGCAAGAGCCAUGAAGAGAGAGCAGGAGCUUGAAAUCAUUUGCAAGGAACAAAGAGAUAGAAUUGAACAGCUAAGUCAGUUGGUCGAGAAAUACAAAGGUGAAAAGGAAAUAAACUCCAUCAUUGUGUAUGAUGAAGCCACCGACAGGAAGAUCAAAGAUGAAGAGUACAACUCAUUAAAAGAUCAAGAAAAGCUUCUGAGCGGCUCUAUCUCAGAAAAUCUUCUACGACAAAUUUCAGAGGGAAAAUCAGAAAUUAAAGAAGUACAAAAAGAUUUUCCUCGAAGAGACAACUGUUUUGACGAUAGUGAGAAGGAAGAACUUCUGAAGGAAAUUCAGAAUCUAAGAAAUAAGUUGCACUUGUGUGGUGGUGAUGCACCAAUUAAAAAAUCUACAGAUAAAUUAAGAUCUUCAUUGAUAUCCAGAUCCAUACAGCUGCAAAAAAGUGGUGGAUUUUUUCAGGCUAAUGGUGGGGAAGAGCCAGAGAAAGAAAGACAAAGAUGGACAGAAAUGGAAAGUGAAUGGAUUUGUCUCACUGAUGAACUGAGAGUUGAUCUUGAGUCAAACCGUCAACAUUUAGAGAAGGUGGAGAUGGAAUUGAUGUUAGAGAAGAAGUGCAAGGAAGAGUUGGAAGAUGCAUUGAAAAGAGCGGUUGAAGGGCAUUCGAGAAUGAUUGAACACUAUGCUGAACUACAAGAAAGAUAUGAUGACGUGUCUGCAAAGCACACUGCUAUUAUGCAAGGAAUAGCAAAAAUGAAGCAUGCGGCAGCAAAGACAGGCAAAAAGAGCCAUGCUAAAUUUGCCAAAUCUCUUGCAGCUGAGCUUUCUACAAUGAGGGUAGAGAGAGAAAGGGAGAGAGAAUUUUUGAAAAAGGAGAACAGAAGCCUCAAGAUUCAACUUAGAGACACUGCAGAAGCUGUGCAUGCAGCUGGAGAACUACUCGUUCGACUUAGAGAAGCCGAGCAUGCAGUAUCCGUCACCCAGGAGAAUUUUGCAAAUGUACAAGAAGAGAACGAGAAGUUGAAAAAGAAAAUAGAGAAGCUCCAAAAGAAACAGAAGAUGGAGAUGACAACCAUGAAGCAUUACCUAGCAGAGAGCAAAUUACCAGAGGCUGCACUGAAACCACUAUAUAGAGAGGACUCAUAUGAUGUUGCACGUAACAAUGCGUAUGAUGAUGAUGAUGAUGAUCAAGCAUGGAGAGCAGAAUUUGGAGCAAUCUAUCAAGAGCAUUACUAGUUAUCAUCUAUUGCUUGUGAAUUACUAGCUGGUUGAUGUGAUGCCUGU